AUCGAUGUUACGGCGCAUGAUAAAGUUCAAGGAUUUGCAGUGAAUCAAACCUGUUCCCCCCCCCCCCCCCCCGAUUUUAUUUUACUAAUGUCAUAGUGCCUUCUCAAAACCUGGAAAACGUUCGUGGCAGUAUGGAGUUACACAUUUUCCAGAAGAACCAGACCCUUGCAAUGAGGAAGAAAUUCAUCGGCCAAUCGUGUAGACUCUUUUAUUCCGACGAUCCUGUGAAGAUAGUUAAAGCUCGAGGACAGUACCUAUAUGACGAGAAUGACAUGCAAUACUUGGACUGUAUCAGUAACGUUCAACACGUGGGUCACUGUCACCCCAGUGUCACACAAGCGGCUGCUGCACAGAUGGAGCAGCUGAACGCAAAUACACGGUUCCUGCACGACAACAUAGUGCGGUACGCCAGCCGUCUCGCUGCCACUCUUCCCGAGAAACUGUGCGUCUUCUAUUUCGUCAACUCAGGGUCGGAGGCCAAUGACCUGGCCUUGCGGUUGGCUCAUCAGUAUACCCAGCAUGAAGACGUCAUAGUGCUCGACCAUGCCUACCAUGGCCACCUGAUGUCGCUCAUUGACAUCAGUCCAUACAAGUUCCGGAAGCUGUCUGGACAGAAAGACUGGGUUCACGUGGCCCCGUUGCCAGACACCUACAGGGGACUGUACAGAGAGGACCACCCCGACCCCGCCCAGGCCUACGCUGACACAGUCAAGGACUUGAUCGACCAGGUCCACCUAAAAGGUCGCAAGGUUUCUGCGUUCUUCGCUGAAUCAUUGCCCAGUGUCGGAGGCCAGAUCAUUCUCCCCUCAGGAUACUCAACAAAAGUAGCAGAAUACGUGCGUUCUGCGGGAGGGGUGUUCGUGGCGGACGAGGUGCAGACUGGCUUCGGGCGUGUCGGGAGCCACUUCUGGGCCUUCCAGAUGGAGGGCGGGGUCUUCUGCCCGGACAUCGUCACCAUGGGGAAGCCGAUGGGCAACGGGCACCCCCUGGCCUGCGUGGUAACCACCGAGGAAAUCGCUGCGGCAUUCACAGCUAACGGAGUCGAGUACUUCAAUACGUUUGGGGGAAACCCGGUCUCAUGUGCCAUCGGGCUGGCGGUUCUGGAUGUAAUCGAGAAGGAGGACCUAAGGGGAAACUCCACCCGUGUUGGAGGCCACCUUAAACAGCUGCUGGCGCAGCUGCAGACCAAGCACCUGUCCAUCGGGGACGUUAGGGGUGUGGGUCUGUUUGUGGGUCUGGAGCUGGUGACUGACCGAGACCAGCGGACCCCUGCUACAGAAGCCGCUGCACAGGUGGUCCAGAGGCUGAAGCUGCAGAGGAUCUGUGUGAGUACGGACGGGCCCUGGGAGAACGUGGUGAAGUUCAAGCCCCCCAUGUGCUUCAGCAUGAAGGACGCAGAGCUGGUGGCUCACCACAUCGAUCUCAUUCUCACAGACAUGGAGACCAACGCAGACAAACUGGACAAGUGAGACAUCUAAGGUUUGCAAAAAACCUGUAGAAAAAUUUAAUGGCAUCAGUCAUUAGACAUUGUGAGUUGGUCACAUUCAUCAGGUUGAGAGGUAGAGAACUGGAUGAAGGAGGGCGUCUCACAACACUCCUGAGACAAAGAGCUUCGUCACAGACGGCACCAAACACCAUUUUUAAAAUGAUUCCUAGCUAAAAAGUUAACAUUCACAUGACAGAACCAAAGUGAACUUCUCCAGACCAUAUCGCGAUUGUCUUUCACAGCCAUUGAUCACCUAAAUGGUGGAUAAAGCCAUAUGCAAUCACCAAUAUCUUGUAUGUUCUAAGAGGAACUAAGAAAUUAAGGCCACUGAUGACAUUUUGUCAACAAAAGGCAGGUUUGUCAUACUGGAACACUGUGUACGUUUUAUACCAUGAAUGAUUACAAAUAAACAUGUAACACAU